AUAAAAAAUGCCUUUAGAAGCAGCAGUAGUAGUUUUAGAUAACUCUGAAUUUUCAAGAAAUGGAGACUUAGAGCCAUCUAGAUGGAAUGCUCAAUAAGACGCUAUUGAUUUGUAUAUAAAUUUAGUAAUUGAUUCAAACAUGGAAAGUGGAAUGGGAUUAAUAUUAGGAGGUGGAAAAUAAGUAAGAUUAUUAAUGACUCCUACAAAUGAUAGAGAUUUAAUUUUAGGAUAAUUUCAUAAAACUAGAUUAGAGGGUAAAUGAAUUAAUUUUAUUAAUAGGAAAUUUAAAUUUUUCAGUAGCACUUUAAUAAGCAUCAUUAGCAUUGAAACAUAGAAUUAAUAAAGCAUAAUAACAACGUAUAGUAGCAUUUGUUGCUAGUCCUAUUGAAGAAGAAAUUGAUACAUUAGUGAAGUAUUUUAAUAUUUAAAUUAUUAUUCAAGUCUUGCAAAAAGAUUAAAGAAAAAUAAUAUUGCUAUUGAUUUAAUUAAUUUUGGAGAAUAAAAUGAAGAGCAUCUUUAAAAACUUAAGAUAUUCUUUGAAAAUGUUUAAAAAGGAUAAGCCUCUAAAUUUAUUAAUAUUUAACCAGGUAUGAAUGCUACAGAAACAUUAUUUUCAUCAUUAGGAAAUUAAUCAGACUUUUAAGCAGAAUCUGGACAAUAGUAAUAAUAAGGUGCUUAAGUAAGAACAGCUACAUAAUUUUCUGAAUAUGGAGGAAUUGAUCCAAAUAUUGAUCCUGAAAUGGCUAUGAUAAUGAAAAUGAGUUUAGAAGAAGAAGCUUAAAGAUAACAAUAAUAGUUAGCAUAAUAAUUAUAAUAAUAGCCUUAAUAAUAAUAAUAACCAUAACAAUAAUAAUAAUAAUAAUAAUAAUAAUAACCCAUAUAAUAAUAAUAAUAGCCUUAAAAAUAAGAAUAAAUUUAAGAAGAAAAUGUAGAAAUUGGUAUUGAAGAAGAAAAUGAUUAAUUAUUAGAAUAAGCUAGAUUAUUAAGUAUGUAAGUAGAAUAACCAGAAUAACCUGAAUAACCACAAUAACCAUAAUAACCAAAUUAGAAUGCUUAAUAGUAAUAACAAUAGGGUUAAUUCACUUAGAAGUAUUUCAUUCUAUUCAUUUUAGUUAAUUAUUCUAAGAUCCCAAUUUCCUUAAUGAAUUAUUAGAUGAUGUUAAUAAGGAUGAGGAAUAAGAAAGUCUCCUCAAAAAAGAAGAUGGCAAUUCUAAGAAAGAUUGAU